AUGGGAUUGUCGAAGUCAUCAAUUACAAUGAUUACUUUCCGUUUACUUGCGUUUGCCAGUGCGGUGUUGACCUUCGCCCAUGGCGUUAGCGCGGCCCCAUCAGAUUCUUCGGUAGGAACCAAGAGCUUUCAAUACAAAUAUAAUGCAGUAGCCAUCACUGGAGGCGGCUUUAUCACUGGUAUCAUCGCUCAUCCCAAGGAGAAAGACUUGCUCUAUACCCGGACAGACAUUGGAAGUUCUUACAGAUGGGACGCGCCAAACGACAGAUGGCUCCCCCUAACUGACUUCAUCAGCGAAGCAGAUGUCAACUACCUCGGGACCGAAAGUUUUGCCUUGGACCCCACGGAUCCAGAUCGGAUCUACCUUGCUCAAGGACAAUACAUCACGCAGAACAACUCUGCGUUCUUUGCUUCGGAAGACCGAGGAGCGACAUGGAAGAUCUAUCCAGCCCCGUUUCCUAUGGGAUCGAAUGAUCUUGGUCGAAACAAUGGCGAAAGACUUGCUGUCAAUCCCUUUAAGCCCAAUGAGCUGUACAUGGGAACUCGAACGCAAGGAUUGUGGAAAUCGACCGAUCGGGCCAAGACCUGGACCAAUAUCACAAACUAUCCCGACGCUUCUGCAAAUGGAAUCGGGAUCGUGUUUGUCAUUUUUGACCCAAAGAACGAAGGUACGAUUUAUGUUGGAGCAAAUGUACCAAAUGGUCUUUACUCUACCACAAACGGCGGCAAGACAUGGAAACAGCUGCCAGGUCAGCCCAAAGACUGGAGCGCUGUCACAACUGAUCCAGACCAUCCUCCUCAAAGCACUGGCCCACAACCAAUGAAAGCAGCUCUCGCCUCGAAUGGAGUCUUGUAUGUAACAUAUGCAGACUUUCCUGGCCCAUACGCUGUUCAAUACGGGGCUGUGUACAGCUUCAACACCAAGUCAUCGAAAUGGACCGACAUCACACCCGGAGCAAGCAAUUCCUUCCCCAAGCCAUUUACUCCACAAUCCUUCCCACCUGGAGGCUACUGUGGAUUAAGUGUUGAUGGGAAAGAUCCAAAUACCUUAGUUGUGGUUUCGUUGGACCGUGAUCCAGGACCAGCAUUGGACAGCAUGUACUUAUCCCACGAUAGCGGCAAGUCAUGGAAAGAUGUCACGCAACUAUCGGCACCAUCAGGUACUAAAGGAUUCUGGGGACAUCCAAUCGAACAAGCUGCUUUGAAAGACGGUACUCCUGUUCCCUGGCUCAGCUUCAACUGGAACGCUCAGUGGGGAGGGUAUGGAGCACCUUCACCUAUUCUUGGCGUCGCAAAAUUCGGUUGGUGGAUGGCGGCUGUACUCAUUGAUCCUUUCAACAGUGAUCACGUCAUGUACGGCACAGGAGCCACUAUUUGGUCGACAGACAAUCUCAGCAGAGUUGAGUCAAACUGGGCACCAAAUUGGUACAUCCAGGCUCAGGGUAUUGAGGAGAAUGCAGUCCUGUCGAUGAUCAGCCCGACAGAAGGAGCGAAUCUGUACAGUGGACUGGGAGACAUCAACGGAAUGAGACACGACGAUCUCACAGUUCCGCAGCCCAUGUUUGGAACUCCUGGAUUUUCCAACCUCGAUGGCUUGGACUGGGCUGGCCAAGCUCCUAAUGUGAUCACACGCUCGGGAGGCAGUGGCACAGAGUAUGCAGACGGCUGUGGCAAUGGAGCAUACUCAACAGAUGGUGGAUACGGCUGGAUCAAGUUCCUCACCUGCGCACCUGGUGUCAGCAACACGACCUGGGUCAAUGGCUUCAUUGCAGUAGACGCUUCAGCAAAGUCAUUCGUGUGGGCCUCUCACUCCUCCGUUGCGCCAGCAAACACAAGUGGGCCGUAUGCCACUCAGGACUUCGGCAAGACGUGGACCUCACCACGCGGACUAUCGGUCCAGACGGGUAACUUCAGCGCUGAUAAAGUCCAACCGAAGACCUUCUACGCGUUCGACACCGGUGUGUGGUAUAUCAGUACCGAUGGCGGAGUAUCCUACACCUCAAAGACAUCCAAACAAACUGGUCUCCCAGCAGGUGCAGGUGCUGCCCCAGUAGUCAACUUCCUCAAAGCAGGGGAGAUCUGGCUUCCCCUCGGACCAAACGGAUUAUGGCAUAGCACCAACUUCGGCAGCAGCUGGAGCAAGAUCGGUGGCUCUGGUAUCACAGCAUCUCAAUUCUCUGUUGGGGCUCCCGCUCCUGGCCGCAAGAACCCAGCGCUCUACUUGUGGGGCAAAGUGAGUAAAAACGGCGUGCAGGGUGUGUAUCGCUCUGAUGAUGCGGGUGCGAGCUGGGUCCGGAUCAAUGAUGAGGCGCAUCAGUAUGGAGGGCCGAAGCUGAUUGUGGCUGAUACGCGGGUUUAUGGAAGGGUGUAUCUAGGGACGUUUGGACGUGGAAUUGUCUAUGCGGAUAUUGCUGGAGAGGGGAGCGGUGUUCUUCCAGGGACUUUUGGGAUAUAG